GGAACAUAGAAAUUAUAUUUUCAUUCAAUGUAAGUUGAAAAUUCAAACUAAAAUAUUAAAUUUUUACAGAAAACAUGGAGUGGAUAAAAUCUAUUUACUAGAACCGGGUUUAAAACCUACAAACUCACAUCGAAUAUUUUUAAUAUCUAGUAAUCUUAUAUCUUGUAAAAGAGUGCUUGAUCAAAUUCAAUCAGAAAUGUCUCAAUCUGAUGGUUUAAAUUUUCAUAUAUUGAUAAAUCCAUACAUACCUACUGUGGUGCACUCGCUUAUUGAUGAAGAAGGUAAAACAAAUUUAAUGUAAUGUAUUUAUAUUAUUUUAUACAACAGUAAUUAUGAUUUCAUUUUAUUUUAAUUAUUUAAAUCAUCCACACUGGCUGACUUGGUGACCGUGCGAGCAUUGUCAUGGGAAUUUAUUAGAAUUGACGACAAUGUAUUGUCAUUAAAAUGUCCAAUAUUUGUUGAUUUAUAUUAUCACAAGAACACAAGGAUCAAGUAUUAAAAAUGAUUGAUACGAUACAGGAAGACACAAAAUCUACAAAUUGUAGCAGUAAUGAUAUCUAUUUUAACGAUGUAUUUCCGAAACUUCGUGCCAUGGCUAAGGCAUUAAAAUAUGAUUAUCUAGUACGCAGUCUUCGUUUAUUGUGUUUACUUUAUAUUGCCUGCAGUGGUCUUACUCCUAAUGAGUCUCAUAUAAUUCAAAAAUCUCAUCUUCACGCUCAUGGAUAUGAAUAUGUACCUUUAUUUUUUAAACUCGAAGCUUGUGGAUUUUUGCGUUAAAAAAAAAAAUUUUGAACAAAUUACCCACUUGGAGUGGUGAAUGGACCAGCAAUGCUCAGCGUAUGAAAUUACGACCAAAUCAAUCGAAAAAAUCAGAGGAAACAUCGGUUGGUCCAAGUUAUGUGUUCAGCGGUUCAAACAUUCCAGCUAUCGCUCAAUUUUUAAAAACUUCAAUAUCACAAGUUUCUAAUCCUAAAGGCUAUGAAGAUUUAAUCAACUUACCUGAAUGUCAUGUCAAUCGGCCUCGCACAGUGGUACAACCAAAAAUUGUAAUUAUUUGCAUAAUAGGAGGAAUUACAUAGGGGAAAUAUCAGCAUGUCGAUUUAUAGAAAAAUCCAUGGGAAUAAAACUUGCUAUUGUUUCAGAUAGUUUAUUAACUAGUGAUAAGCUUUUCAAAAGCAUUCAAGAUGCAUAG